UGGUCCCCGAGCGGCCUCCGUCCUACUUCCGGGUGUGGGUGUGGCCCGCUUGGCGAAAGUUAGCCAGCUAGCCGCGUCGCUAAUUAGCUUUUCUCCACCCAACAAAACGACACAAAUCCUCAUCCGCGUGGCGGCUGUGAUGCUUUGUCACGAUGGGAAAUCUGUUUGGGAAAAAGAAACAAAGUCGAGUGACGGAACAAGACAAGGCCGUUUUGCAACUGAAACAGCAACGAGAUAAACUGAGGCAGUACCAGAAGAAGAUCGGUCUGCAGCUGGAGAAGGAGCGACUUCUUGCCAAGCAGCUGCUGAAAGAUGGCCGAAAAGACAAAGCGCUGCUCCUGCUGAAGAAGAGGCGCUAUCAGGAUCAGCUGUUGGACAAGACGGACAACCAAAUCAGCAACCUGGAGCGCAUGGUUCAGGACCUCGAGUUCGCCCAGAUCGAGAAGAAGGUCAUCGACGGCCUCCGAGUCGGAAACGAGUGUCUGAAGAAAAUGCACGAGGUGAUGUCCAUCGAAGAAGUUGAACGCAUCUUGGAUGAGACGCAGGACGCCGUCGAGUACCAACGGCAAAUCGACGAGAUGUUGUCGGGCUCGUUCUCCCAAGAGGACGAAGAAGCCGUUCUGGCCGAGCUGGAGGCCAUCACUCAGGGAGACGUCCAGCUUCCCGACGUUCCUUCGCACCGACUGCCGGACGCUCCCGAGGCCGCCGGGGACCAAGCAGCACGAGAUCGUCCGAGGAAGACGGCGGAGCUGUUGGCCGCGUGACCGCCCGGGAAAUGACCUUCAAAUGACCUUCCGCUUCUCCACCAUCUUGAACGUGGGCGACCUCGAGCCUUCGAGGAGAAACCCGCCGCGCUCGGAGAUUGGCAACGGCGAAACUCGUUGUGUAACUUCCCCGUGUCGUGAGACACGGAAGCAUUUCGUUAUUUUUUUUAAACGUGAUUUAACGUGAAACCUUUUUAAUGGGAAGUGGCGUCAGUCUCCAAAUAAAAGUGGACUGCAAGUUGGACAUUCAUGGAAGGAGAUUUUCUGCAAACUGAAGUGGAGAAUCCCAAAUUACUUUUCCAAAAGGUCACUGUCACAAAAACAAGCAAACACACACAUAUGAUUAUUGAAAUCUGUUCAAAAAAAAUCGAGUUUAGCUCGUCGUGUGCACACAGUUGACACGCAAUUUGUACUCAAUCGUGGAAUCCAAACUUUAGUCCUCAAGUCAAAAUUUCUACAUCAAAUAUAAAUAUACAAUUGUGUAUUGUAACGAUAAAAAAAUCAUUCAUUUGUAACAUGAACCAAUGAUUUAAACCAAGAAAUUUUAAAAAUUAAGUGUAUGCAAAAUGUUAUAUUGUUUGUAGUUUUUUGGUUGCAUUUACCAUAGACAUUAUUUAAUAAAAUAAAUAAAUGACAUUAAUUCUAGUUAAUUUUUGGGGUGAGAAAACGGAUAAAAUAAUACGCCAAAUUGAAAAAAAUCAGUAUACAGUAGUGCCUUGAGAUACGAGUGAGUGGACUUCCAAGUUUUUGGGGAAUGCGUUACGUCGUGCCGUGGAGCCGAACUCGCGUGAGUUAGCGCCGCGUACGCGGGGCGCCCGCUAUCCUGAUUUGCAGGUUAGCACGCGUGACGUUCAGUGCCGUCGACGGCUGGGGGUGAUAUUGCCCAACGUGGCCGCCCCCUGGGAUCGGUGAAAAUGGAUCAAUUUACCCAUUUAAUUCGUAUUCCACAAACGUCGUAUCAAUCAGUACAGUUGACCUCUGCUGAUUUUUUGCCACUUUUAAAAAUGUUGUCUAUUUUUUUACGUUUUCUUUUCAAAAUGUUUCAUUUUUUUCAUGUUUCUUUUUCGUUUGGUUUCUUUCUUUUUGGGGAAGAAGACCCACCCCAAAAAUGUUAAUUGAUGUUUGAACCCGGUUUAUUCAAUUAUUUUGGUUUAAAAAAAAAAAAAAAACAUUUCGAAUGCACCUUUCAUGAACGUCAACGAUCCCCGCCAAUUGGGGGCGCCUAUCGAAAUCCUUGUUUGGAGCCGUGGGGACAUAUGCAACAUAUUCUUGUGCCCAAAAUGUUUUGUGUUUCCUUCCCCUGUAAGCAAAUAUUGAAUGACACAAAUGAAUAAAUACAUUUUUUCGUAACUAAUUUUAGGGGGCGAAACAAAAACUGUAAAUGAAUGCAACGAAUUUUGGCGGAAUCUCGAUGACACGCUCGGUGGGCCCCAAUAAAGGCUGGAGUUUGCUCCCCCCCCCUCCCCCCAUCUAAUCAAUGGGUCUCAUAAUCUGUCAAUCAACCCAACAACAAAUGUGUGGAAAUCUCCUUCUGUCCUUCCUUCCUGUGGAUUAUUUUCCUAAUAAACCGUUUUUGCCAUCUUG